AAAUUUCCACUAAGUUUUGAUGUGUGGAAAAUGUACAUUAUUUUCCCAGCAAAAACGUCCAAAAGUACAGAAAAGAUAAAGCGAUCAUUUCCCUUAUCAAAAACAAAAAGCGAAGGCACCCCUUUAGCCCCAGGAAAAAAAUUGAGGACAAGACAACUUCUUAGGUAAGGCAAUAAGGUAAGACUUUACAGUGACAUAGUCAACUGGUGAUUAAUUAAUGAGUGGCAUUGAUUAAUAAAAACACCAUCUCACUCUCGCUACUACUUGGCUCUCAUUGCUUGUUUUCCUCACACAAAUUUAGUAGCUAGAAUAGAAAAUUUUCCAAAAAUGAGUAGCAACCCACCAAUGGUGCUUGUGGGAUUUACGUUCAGUCCAACGGAACAGCAGGUGAUCAAUCACUUGAGGCUGAAAAAUCUCGGAAUGGAUUCAGAACUUGAUCCUUACAUUGCUGAGGUUGACGAUAUAUUGGAGUUUGACCCUUGCGAAUUAGCUGCUAAAUCGAAGUUAAGGUCGAAUAAAGAUGAGUGGUGGUUCUUGUAUCGGUUAUUUUACAGGAGCUCGAGAUCCCAAAGUAAGAAUAGGAAGACAAAAACAGGGUUCUGGAAGGUAACAGGAAGGGGAAAGAAAAUUGAAGGUAGCGUAGGAGAGAAGUCAUAUCUUACCUUCUAUAAAGGUAGUUGUAAUUCUUCCCAAAAGACAGAUUAUACCAUGCAAGAGUUCUAUAUUCCUCCCCAUCAUCACCUUCAUCAGGAUGAGUUUAUCCUUGUCAUUUGCUCUUUGAAGUGGAAGUUGGUCUCUCGUAAAAGAGGCAGGAAGUCUGAUAAGCAGAAGCCAACUCCUCUUAAUUCUGGCUCGAAGAAGAAAAGGCAGAAGGCAAAUGCACCACACCACGAGGAAGGUGAGCCAAUAUUUGGCAACAAUAUUAUCACUUCUAAUAUUGUAAAUCCAAUACCAUCUGCUGCAAUUCCACAUGUACUUGGUCAUGGUGAUGUGAAUCAUCAACCGGUCUCUCCAAUGGUCUAUCCAGAUGCCAACUUCAAUUACCAGACAUUGAGUUUUAUGCUUGACAAGGACAUCCAAGUUCCACCUGUAGCAGAUGGUAAAGUAAGUGAAAUAACCACUUCUGAUCUUGGGGAUCCAUCAGCAUCUGUUGAUGUUAGUUCAUUGGGUUAUAACGAUGUGAGUUCUCAACUAUACUCACCAGAUUCCAGCCAACAGACAAUGAGUGCUGUGUUUGGGAAUGCGAUACAAGCUCCAUCUGUAGUAGAAGGUAAACUAAGUGAUCUAAUUUCUGAUUUUGCACAAGUUCUCGGCAAUGAGAUGCAAGCUCCAUUAGGAUCUGCUGUUAUAAGUCCAAUGGAAUAUAGUCACAAUGAAGUGAAUAGUCAGUUUCUCUCACCAUUUUCCACCUCGCCCAACAAUGAGGUGCAAAUUUCAUCUGGAACACAUGUUGAACCAAGCGAAAGGACCACAUGUGAUCUUCAAAAUCCAUUAGCAUAUGGUGUUAUUAGUUCACCAUUACAUUGUGAUGAUGACUAUGCUAGUUUUCAACCGGUCUCACAAAUAUCCUCAUCAUCAUCUGUUGUAAUCCCGGUGGAUCAUUGUUAUGACAAUAAUUCGCCAAUAUACUCACCACAUUCCAACUUCAUGGAGCAGACGUGGAGUUCUCCAUUUGAUAAGGACAUGCAAACUCCAUCUGGAGUUGCAGAUGAAUUAAAUGAGUACUAUGGUAAAUUGCCAUAUUUGAGUGUUGGUCAUCCCCCCUUAGGCUUAGGGGAUAUAUGGUCGUGUCCAGAUUUGCGUCACGUACAAACUGAAGAAGUCAAUAAGCAGGUAGAGAGAUAUGCUUAUUAGCCAUUGGAUGGUUAAUCCAAUGGCUAAUGAGCCCCGUAGGAGGAUAUCAAGUAGUUGUAAUGAUAUUCUUCUAUGGAGCUUUUUCUUUUUUCCUCUUUCUAAGUUCAUUUUCUUAUCCUACAAAAUAGCAGGAAGAUUUUAGUCUUUACAAACUCUAAAGUUGAAACCUAGUCAACCAAGUUCUACAAAGCCACACUUCUUACAGUCCCAUUUCUUCAAUCUCUUACUCUUAUUACACCUCGUGUAGCCAGCACUAUCAAAACCAACUUAUCACCCAAAAUAUCUUUUAAGAUUUAUCUAUAGUAUGCCUACUUAUCAGCCACUACAUUAUCUUCUCUAGUUACAAUCCUUGGAAACAAAAUUGGAAUGCUUGCCCUUAACGUACCAAGGCGCGGCUUCCAACCAAAUAUGUUGCCUAUCCUUUGCUUUAGCAUUGUGAUCUGGCCAUACGACCCCAUAGAGCUUAGCAUAAUAAGAUUGCGUGGUUAAGUCAGCCAGUAGAGGCAUCAUCCAUAUCUAUGUAAACCUUAGAUGGAUAAGAAAAUGCCUCAAGGCGGAUUUGUUAAUCCAUGUUUAGCAGCGUUUGCUUAUAGCUCUCCAACCCUUUUGUAAUCAUUAGUUAAUCCUAUUUACUAAGCAUCUAGUCAACUUCUUCUUUACUAUCCUCCGAAGUAAAUUCCUUUCAGUAAAGCAAAAUAUUUUGUGUAGUACAUCCUAAGACAAUUACUAUAAAGUAGUAGCAGUUUUUCCGAAGACUUGCCCUCUGAGUAAAAUUGCUGUCAAGACUGGCCUGAAGAAGGCUCUGAAUUUCAAUGCCCUGUUAGAGUAAGAAUAUUCUCUGAAUAAAGGAGAGGUUGAUUUUCUAAGUACAGCCUACUUGAGAAGCCAAAUGAGUGUCCCCUUGCCUUGUUAAACUCUUCAACAGUCAGACUACUCGCGAAGUGUUCUUCAAGGAAUUGGAGACUUCUCAGGAGGCGCGUGGGACUGUCAGGCUCUUUUCCUCUUAAAGGUCAAAGAUCUAGCCGCAGAUUGUCUGCGGUAAUGUCUGGAAAGUGGAAAUAAGCAGGUCAAAGAAGCUGCAGAACACCCUGUUUCUGUUCAGUGUUUCAGAAAGGCUCAAAGUGGCAAAUUUUGGAGCACUUGAACUUAGCAAGGUUCUUGUCAGAGUUUCUUCACCUUGUGGAAGCAGAAUCUAUCUUCAUAUGUAGUUUUACUCUACUCUGGAAUAUACUUAUUCCAUGUAUUCAAGGGCAAAGUUUGGUUCCUGCAAUCAUGUUUGCUGAAGCUGGUGGUACUAUAACUCAGCAAAACAAUGAAUUCUUUUCUUUGAAUUAGUAUUUUUAUUAUUAUUAAUAGUUUAAAGGUAAAGGGUAUUACAAUGCUGCUCUUAUUGGGGUAUAAAAAUGUGACAUUUCAUCACCGCCGUAUAUGGUGUCAAAUCCUACUUCAUGUGUGUUGAUGCAGCACUACAACAUUACUGGUUUUCAGUUUCACUGACACAAUUGAAAGGUGAGAUUUACCAAAUCUUACUUUACCAAGUGAUGAGUAUUUUGAGCUGUAAUACAUGGGAGUAGUGAAAAUUGGAAUGGCUCUAUAUCCUUAUUUAGAUGAGUAUUCCUUAAAUAUCACUGCAACAUGCAGACUUUCUUUUGUAUAAUAUUAUGUACUCUCUAAUCAUUAUGUAUGUAAAUAUUAUUGUUUGUUUAUGUUA